AGUAAAACAGAAGACGCGACAACAUUCACGAACCAGAGACUAGUGCAGCUACCUCCCAGUUUUCCUGCUUGCUGUCCACACACGGCCAACACAUCACACAAAUAUGACGACGACAACCGACCUUUCGUGGAGAAUUUUUCCGACCAGUAGCUGAUAAUUCUUCACCUGAAAAGCUUUCAUUUUACACGCUCCUUCAACAAUGGAGACCUUAUCGUCGUCCAGUAUCAUCUCAACAGCCAUUAAACCUUAUCCAUUGUUAUCGAGGACCAAAAACACGAGAUUCUCCUGUUCAAUGAAAGUCGCAUCAUCCUUUUCCUACCAAAAAUUCAUUCAAUAUGCUUUGGAUGAAACCAAACUCUCAACUUCAGACCUGAUUCCUUCUUCGUUGCAGGAGGAUUUCAGCACCUUGAAAUCACUGGAUGGGAAAACAGAGCUUAAGAUGUGUUCCUUUCAAGCUCCCAAAAUUAGGCUACUUCGCAGCCUUUCUAUAGAAACAAGUGAGGGUAUGCAGGUGCUAGAUUUUGCUGUAUUCCCAGAAGCAGAAUUUGACCUCCCAAUCUUUUGUGCAAAUUUUUUCACCUCUGCCAAUAUAAAUAUAGUUGUACUGGACCUCAAUCCGUUGCAUGAUGUCAUCAAUGAAACACAUUACAAAGAGAAGUAUUAUAAAAACUUGAUUCCUCUUGGUGUCAAGUACUCUGAGCUUUUGCCAUGGGGGGGAAAACUCACUAGUGAAUCGUUGAAAUUCUUUUCACCGAUCGUCAUAUGGACAAAGUUUUCUUCAAGCCAAGAAAACCACAAUAUAUUGUUUUCCGCUUUCAAAGAUUACUACAAGGCAUGGCUCAAUUUGAUGGAUCAUGCAAUAGAGGAGACCGAUCAUUCUCAAAUAAGCUUGAAUCUUGAAGCACAACAUCGGUAUCUAACUUGGAGAGCCCAAAAGGAUCCAGGUUUCCAUGUUCUCAAACGAUUAAUCGGGGAGACUCAUGCAAAGGAUGUGGUAAAGAUGUUCCUCUUUAGUGGAGUUAACGAUCUUGGGAACAAAACAUUUCUCGAUUACUUUCCCGAAUAUGCAAGCGAAGAUGGGUCAAUAAUCGAAAAACGAAGCAUCAUUGGUAAGUCGUUUGAGAAACGGCCUUGGAAUACCCGAGGGGUAUUUAUUGGUGAUACUUUCGGAUGAGAGUGAAAAAGUGUUCUAGGGCUAUGUACGAUAAUGAGGACGAGGGUAUUCAUGUCUUUUGUACAUACAGGAGAUCGAUAGUGAGUCACCAUCCUACCUUGUUCCACCUUUUUAGGUGGAAAAAGAAAAUUACAAUUUUGUCACAUUCACUCGAGUCUCAGUCCAAUGCACACCAAACACAGCAUGGAGCUGUGUUUGUAUCGUGUCCUAUGUAACAAACAUGACAUUUGCAUCAAUGUCACCUAAC